UGUUUUGUUUGUAAAGUCCAAAUGUGGCUGGAUUAAGUCCAAGUGUGGCUGGAUUAAGUCCAAGUGUGGCUGGAUUAAGUCAGGCUGGAUCUGUGUUCACUUCAGGAGAAACCUUUAUGCAAGGCUAUGAUGAUACUAAGGUUGAAAACAUCUUCAAGGAAGCACUUAAUCAGAAAAUGGGUUCCACUGCUGAAUUCAUCUUCAGUUUGGGUGAAGAGUUGUUUAAUCAUUGCGGAUAUGGCCCAAGCCCUAUCAGUUUGCCUGUGAGAAAUGGUCGAGUGAUGAUGCAAGAUCUGACAGAAAUGGAUUUGAAAGGGUUUUGGAGUGUUUUUCUGGACCCAAGUUUAUCAAGUAGGAUUGCUAAGGGACUCGAGGAAACUGGAUUUAACUGUUUAAACAAAGACAGCCCAGAGGAGUACACCAAGGUUCGAGUGUUGGUUCUGUCAGAGAACGUAAAAAAAUAUGUUGUUCUUGCCCUGGAUAAAGAUUUGAACUCGCUGGCUCCAGAAGCAGAUUCUAGGCUAUCUGAUGAUAAAGAGAAUGCCAUAAAACAAAUACUAUCGGCAAAGACUUUGAACGAUGUGCUUCCUGCUGGUUCAAGUUUGAAGAUGUCCUUUAAAAAGAUGUCGUUAAAGGUUCAUCCGGACAAGAACUCCCAUCCUGGAGCCAAAGAUGCAUUCAAGAAACUGAAUGAUGCUUUUGAAAGGCUCUCCACUGGCAGCCGAGGUUCUGAGCCAGCGUUAGAGAUCACUUCUACCCCCUCAAGGUUGACUGGAAAACCUCCAAUGGUUAUAUCGGCCACUUAUAAUUUUACGAAGGUGAGCACUGUUACCAUGGUAACAGAGAAGGAGCUGGAUAUUAGGGCAUAUCUCAAUUCAUUUGACACGGAAGAGGAUGAACUGUCUGAGAGGAUUAAGAAUGUUCUCAACAACUACUGGGAGAAUAUGGAUUCAAAGGGUUGGAUAGCAGAUCCAGAUGGGAGAACAGUUUUGAAAGUCGAGCUGGUCAAACAGAUACAGGACAGAAUCUACUAUGCAAAGGAGGUCAUCUUUCAGGGGAAACCAGAAAUACUAGAGGUAGUUUUCUACAAGAUGAGGAUAAAACUGUAUGGGGAUGACUGGAGUGAACGUCAAGAGAUUGAUAUCAAUUUUGGGGAUUCCUCUUCAUCCUUUACAGGACAUGAGUUGGCUGAGAGAUUCCAGUUCGUUAAGAAUUGGUGGGAAAACUUUAAUUAUUAAUUGAUUUGAAGUCCGUGAUAUGAAUAUAUUUAAUUGAUCAUAAUGAUUGAUCAUAAUGAUUGGUCAUAAUGACCAAUCAGCCUACAUUCUGAAAAUUCAUUAAUGUUCAUUCUGAAAAUUCUAUGAUUGAUUUAAGGAAAAAGUAAAUAUAUGUAAGCAGAAGAAAUUGAAAGAGAAAAAUGCAAAAAUCUUGAAAAAAAACCUCAAAUAUUUUUGCUUCUUCUUGAAUGCUGAUUGUCCCUUGCAUUCGGAAAUAAUAUAAAGAAUUGUGAAACCUGUCUUACAAAGGUUUUUUCUGAAGUUUUGAAAAUUUAUUUGUUUAUAUGUUUGG